AUGGCGUCCAUCUUUGAAACUUACGUCAAUAUGUUGCUCAAAGAGAUGAACACAGAAAAUCUGAAACCUAUCAUGAGCAUGGAUAAUGCCUCCAAAAUGCAACACUUCAAUUUGAUAAAGAAGAAAAAGAAAAUUGACUCAACAAAGAAAAUCGAGUUAAACAUUUUGACUCUGCUGAAGGGGAGGUAUGGGAUGGAUGUGGAUGUGAACUUCGGGCUCGACGCGAGCAUGUCAGUAGACGCUUCUAAAUUGCAACAAUCCUCGUUGAACAUCCAGUUUGUUAGAAUUCCACCCCAAGUCUGGAAAGACCUUCAGGAAAGAAAAACACUGGAAAAAGAGCCCAGUUUUCUGACACAGUGUCGCAAAAGAAGAGAAAACUUGUAUGUGGUGACAGAGAUCCUGAUACUGACCAAGAAAACCACUCUGCAUGAAAUACGACAUGGUAAUGCCACGGCAAAGUGUCUCAAGUUCACCAGCACGAAGCUGACCCUACCAAAGGGCACAGUGAUGGCCUAUAGGAGGAAGCAGCUGGUUCUCUCGGCGAAAGGCUGGGAUUUCCAGUAUCUACAAGAGAAGAUUUCUAAUGAAAUGGAAGCCUUGGCCACAUACCCAAAGAAUCUACAGGAUACCUUAUUCCAGAAUAUUCUAGCAAUGCUUGGGGACAGAGGAGCUUUGCAGAACCUGAUAGACAUGCUGGAAAACCCCUCGGCUGACUUGGAUGGUCCCGGUAGCAUUAUCUUAAAUGAACUGCGAAAGCAUGCAAGAGACUUAUCAACACCCUCCGAGUACCACAUCAUUUGCGUUCUUGACGUCCUAAUGGCACUGAGUAACACUCAACGUGAUCUACUGGCCACUUCCAUAAAGAUGAGGAUCUUGGUCCAACAGAGAGAGCUGGUGAGGAGCAUCCUGGAGCCACACUUCAUGUACACUCAGAGCAGUCCCUUUACGCUCCCUCCUGACCUUCUCACUCCACUCGGGGAUGAGGGCGUGGACAUAACCUAUGGCCUGCUGCAGGAGUGUGGCCUGCCCAUGGAGCCAGACAGCCCUGCGUCCGUGUGGGACGCAGAAGUCAAGGGGCCGCUCUCUGUCCUCUAUGGGGCCAUCUCAUUGCUGCAGCAACUGGCUGACCCCUAG